AAAAGCCUAAAAACAUAAAAUUAUUUUCUUCCUCUCCUCUCUCUCUCUCUCUCUCUCUCUCUCUCUCUCUCUCUUUUCCGCCAUUUUCAUUUUUCACAACUGAGAAAACAGUGCUCUCUCUCUCUCUCUCUCUCUCUCUCUCCCGCGAGGGCUUUGGGAUCCCUCAUUCUACAAUAGGUUUGAUUACCGAAUCUACGCUGCUGUGUCGGUGACUCAAAUUUGUUUCAGAUGAGCAUCUUGGAAGUAUUAAAAGGAGCUGGCAGAUAAACUAAACUGUUGAUUCAAGUAUGAUCAGAGAUUGUUCUAGGGUUCUUGUUCUGCACUUCCAGAUAUUUGAACUCGUACACUUCCAGUAUGCUUCCCUAUGAAAAGAUGAGUAUGCAAUUGCAGGCCUAUAUAUUGCCAUUGUCGGGUUUUAUGUACACAUAAAUUCAGCAUAUGGUUGGGGAAAUGCAAGUAAUGGGUUCGUUUUCUGGUACCUGUGAAAUUGUUGAAUUGAAGGAAGAGCUGAAUUCAGUUCAACAUUCUAGAGGAAUUCGUCAAUUAAAUUCUGUAUUGAGAGUGGAUGAAGAAGGUCGAAAGUCUAUGCUGAAACUGGGAUGUGAUGAUCCUCUUGAAGACGAUUUGAAUAAGAUUUUUGCAGCAAUUAGUCGGAAAACUUCAUUCGAGGGCGUGGGUGCUUCCCCUCAAGUAGGUGCAGGCCCCUCUCGGAAGAAUGCCUUAAAAAAGCCAAUGAGAGCAGGUCUGUCUCAUUCAUCAGGAAUCGGAAUUUCUGAGCCAGUAACAUUGAAGCAGGCAUUAAGGGGACUAUGUAUUUCUCAAGCAUCAGAAAUGGCUGCUAUGAAACGCAUAUCGAAGUCUCCAGGUUCUUCACGGGUCUCGGAUGUUGGCAGGAUAAAGAAUUUGUAUAAAUCAGUCGUACUUGAACCUGGUCAAUCUGGUCUUUCACUAGAUGGGGAUAAGCAGUGUAUAGUGGAAAUUUCUUUGGUUCCAGAAGAAAGCACAUCAAAUCCUUCCAAGAUAGCUCAAUACGGAGUGCCAAAGAUGAAGUUACCAAGCAAAAGUGCAACAUCUUCACCUCGAUUUGCUGCUGCAACAACAGAGACAGGGAGUUUAACUGAACUUGGUCAAUCUGGUCUUUCACUAGAUGGGGAUAAGCAGGGUAUAGUGGAAAUUUCUUUGGUUCCAGAAGAAAGCACAUCAAAUCCUUCCAAGAUAGCUCAAUACGGAGUGCCAAAGAUGAAGUUACCAAGCAAAAGUGCAACAUCUUCACCUCGAUUUGCUGCUGCAACAACAGAGACUGGGAGUUUGACUGAUCCUAUGCCGAAUGAGAUCUUUCCUGCAUCAAAAGAUAUUGCGAGUCAAACAUCAAAGAUAGAUGUGGUACAGAUGGAAAAGAAUAGGUCUCCACCUUCUCCGUUUUCUCCUAGUACAAAUUUUAACAGAUGGGAGCCAGGUAAGAGUGAUCCUGCCUUAACCAAGGAGUCAAACAAAGUUUCUGCUCCCAAGCCAUUGCGGAAAGGCAGGCUGCAAACUGCCUCUUCUUCAUCUUGCUCAAAUACUGGCAAUAAAGUGAGAAAGCCAACAAGGAAUAACCAACGUUUGGUGAAACCAGUACUUAGGAACAAGAAUUUUGCAAAGAAGAAAUUAAAGCAGGAGUCCACUGCCAAGCCCAACAUUUCUAGUGCAUACAACGAAGUUAAUAGUGACUUGGAUCCUAGUACAAGCGAGUUGCUUUGCCAGCGAUGCCAGUGCUCUUUGAAGAAUGCAAGACUAGAACCUAAUCAAAAUUCUCUAGCACCCAGUUGCCCAAGUGCUGAGAUUGGUUCAAUUAUUGUGAAGUCUGGUGCUAGAAAACCUGGAUACACUUCAAACUGCUGCAACAGCAACAGAACAGUUGAUGCAAAAGCUAACAAGAAUGCGAAAUCAAGGGAAAAGGGAGAAUUUUCCCAAAGCUCAAAAAGUAGCCAUGGUGAGUACAGUAGCAGCACUAGCAUCAGUGAAGAGAGCAAUCCCAGUAGGUCUAGUUGUAGCAACAGGCCUCACAUGUCAAAGGAUGUGAGGUGGAAAGCUAUACGUUAUGUUCGAUUGAAGCAUGGAGUCCUGGGAUUGGAACACUUCAACUUGUUAAAGAAGCUUGGUUGUGGAGACAUAGGGACUGUUUAUCUUGCUGAGCUCAUUGAUUCAAACUGUUUAUUUGCCAUAAAAGUUAUGGAUAAUGAGUAUUUGGAAAGAAGGAAGAAAAUGCCAAGGGCCCAAACUGAACGGGAGAUAUUGAGAAUGCUAGAUCAUCCUUUCCUCCCAACACUUUAUGCUCACUUUACAUCAGAUAAUCUAUCAUGUUUAGUUAUGGAGUAUUGUCCAGGCGGAGAUCUGCAUGUCCUGCGGCAAAAGCAGCCUGGCAGGAACUUCCCUGAACAAGCAGCUAGGUUUUAUGCUGCUGAAGUACUCCUUGCUUUGGAGUACCUACACAUGCUUGGAGUUGUGUAUCGGGAUUUGAAACCAGAAAACAUUCUGGUUCGAGAAGAUGGUCACAUAAUGCUCACUGAUUUUGAUUUGUCACUCAGGUGUACUGUGAGCCCAACUCUCCUUAAAUCAUCAUCGUUCUUUGAGCCUGCAAAGAUGAUGUCAGGUCCAUCCACGGGAAGUAGCUGCAUCGACCCUUUCUGUAUCGAACCAUCCUGUCAGGUCCCGUGCUUCAGUCCCAGAUUUUUGCCUGCUGCAGCAAAGGCACGGAAGCAAAAAUCUGAUCUUGCAGUUCAGGUCAGAUCAUUGCCACAGCUUGUGGCUGAGCCAACCAGUGCACGUUCUAACUCCUUCGUUGGCACCCAUGAGUACUUGGCUCCUGAGAUUAUCAAAGGAGAGGGCCAUGGGAGCGCUGUUGACUGGUGGACAUUUGGGAUUUUUCUUUACGAGCUUAUAUAUGGUAAGACGCCUUUCAAAGGUUUGGGAAAUGAAGAAACAUUAAUCAAUGUGGUGUUGCAGAGCCUCCAAUUCCCAGAAAGCCCUCUUGUGAGUUUCGAGGCAAGGGAUCUCAUUGCAGGACUAUUGGUAAAGGACCCUGAGAAUCGUUUGGGAUCUGAGACGGGGGCUGCUGAGAUCAAGCAGCACCCAUUCUUUGAGGGCUUGAACUGGGCAUUAAUACGUUGUGCUGUUCCACCAGAAAUACCGGAGUGCUAUGACUUCAGAGCAAUGACCAUGGCCUCUCAGCUGAAGGAUAGCAAAUUGAUGGAGUGUAGAACUACAGGAGAGCACUUGGAGUUUGACCUGUUUUAGCUGUACCGAUCUACUACUUGGAAAGAGAAGUGGGUCUCCUUUGGUAUUGCCUCUAAUCAAGGCUUUACCUUGUAAUUAUUAAUAUCAACACUAUGAUAUAUAUAUAUAUAUUUGGUUGAUGAGAGUAUUGAGGCAAAGCUUUCAUUUAAAAGGCUUCAGAAAAUUCACACUGCAGCUGAAAGAUUGCUAUUAUGCUUGAAUGACCAUAGAAUUAUACACUGAAUUGCCGCUGAAA